AUGGCUCCGAAGAAACUCUCCACGAAGAGGUCUAGAAGAGACGCCGCAGCGGAAGGGUCCAAUGCCACCCCCGAAGAUGCAAUUUCUGCCAAUUCAAUUCCAGCUUUACGUAAAGGUAGCAUCCCUGGUGUUACAUUUGAUCACAUGAAAUUACAUGUCAAACUGGGGGUGCCUCAUCCUCUGCAACAAAACUUGGACAAGGAUAAAAUUAAGUUUGUGUUUCCAUACAGACAAAUCAUGAACUUUGAAGUAGUGGAUGGUGGACUUGUGUGCUCAACUGAAGAAAUGCCAAAAAACAACGAUGAUUGCUACAUUGUUAAUGCUGCUGUAUAUGUUGGCUACUAG